AUGUUCGCUGCAAUUGAGUUUGAAAAAAAAGAAUGUGCUGUUGUUCCCCUAUGUUGGGUGAUCGAGGACCAAACUAUGUGCUAUUGGCCGAAACAGACAGGACUACAGGUUUUUACAAAAAUGGUCAAAACCAUGAUGCAGCCAAAAAAAUCAUGGAAUAAAUUCAAAAUUGUGGAAAUACUUAAUAUAUUUAAUACGUUCGAGGAAGCCACUUUGUUUUUAACAAAUAAAAUAGAAGAAAGCAGUAGUGCUUCUUCAGCCAACACUUUAGUUCACGAACUUCAAUUGAGGAAAAUAGAAGAAAGUAGUAGUGAUUCUGAAUUAGAUACUACCAUUAAAAACGAUAUUUCAAAAAUAAAUAAAAAAAGAAAAAGAGAUCAUGACAUUACUAAAGUAGCACCUUUAAAUGAGCAGACUAAAAUAUUACAAAAUUUUGUAAUUAAUGAAUUAAGUGAUUCGUCAUACAGUGAUGAUGAAGAACAACUCCCUCUAUUAAUAAGUAGAGAAGGACUAAUAUUAACUGAUUCUCCAUCCACGUCCACUGGGACAACCAGUUUUUCAUCUACCUUGACAAGCCCAGUCAAUGUUGUUGGACAAAGUUCAUUACCUGAAAAUCAAACCGAAUUGUACCUUAAAGAAAUUCUUAAAAUAGUUUCUCACAUAAAGGAAGUUCAGGAUCAAAAUACGAUUAGACUAGAUAAUAUUGAACGUAUCGAACGUUUAAAUUCCAUAGUGGAAAUUAAAAAACCAGAUAAUUUGCCAGAUUUACCUAUAAGUAAUAAAAAAAGUUUUAAGGAGUUGGAAGAGUUCCUUGAAAACGAUGAUAACAAACAGUAUAUGACACGACGUUUAGCAGCAAUAGGGGGGUCCAACAUAAGAAAUACAACUAUGAAUAUUUUAAAAUUUCUUUUAACUAAUCAAGUUGCAAUGAAAUAUAACUGGUCCGGAAGGGAUAAGAGAUCCUUCAAAAAUACAAAUAUGAUGAAGGUUAUUAAUGAUGCUGUUAAAAUGUCUUAUAAUGGAAGAGACCAAUUGGGAGUUUCAGAAUUUAAUAUAGCAAAUGCCAUAAAAGACUGGUUAAAGUUGGCAAAACAUAGAUUUAUCUAUAAAUCUCAUAAAACUUUACCUAACUAGCUAGUAGAGGUAUUUAUUUUUUAUAACUAAUUAUGUUUUGU